AUGGAAGACGACGGGGAAAUCCGUAACCGCAACCGCGAAUGGUGGCAUCGAAACCACUACACGGGCGCCUUGCUCUUCAACAUCGGGUCGUUCAUCCUCCCAGCGCUCUACGGCACCCUCUCCAAGCUAUGGGUGGCCGGCAUCGACUCGUCACUGGUCGUCCUGACAGACGUGUACACAUAUAUUGGGGUGGUCGCCGAGGUGUUCAACGAGGGGCUCCCACGCGCGGCGUGGGUGAUCAUAGGUGACAGGGCAUCGCGUUCGCUAGCUCAGCGCCUGAGCCUCGCGUACACGCUCAUCAUAGUCCAGUCGCUUAUCGGACUGAUCAUGAGCGUCGCCUUCGUCACGGGCGCCCCGGCAUUCGCGAGGGGUUUCGUCCCGGCCGAGGUUCGCGCCGUGAGCCUGGAGUACGUGCGCAUCAGCUCCUUCUCCGCGCUGAGCUCGGCUGUCGAGACGGCCGUGUCUACAGCAACUAGGACCCUGGACAAGCCCGACGUGCCGCUCAUCAUCAGCACUACCAAGUUUGCCGUCAACAUCGUCCUCGACAUGCUCCUCAUCUCCCGCUUCCACGUCGGCACCCACCGGCCCUCCGUCAACAUGCAGGCGGGCAUACAGCUUGCGUGCAACAUGGCGUCCGCCCUGGUAGGCCUCGGCUACUUCAUGUACCGCAGCAGAGCGUACCAGGCCGAGACCGUGACGCAGUGCCCGACUGAUGGGCGCGGAGCCGAUAUCGUGACUUCUGCUGCUCGUCCCAGCUACCGCGCUCUCUCGGUACUCUUGAGACCGGGAAUCCUCACCUUUGCAGAGUCGGCGAUCCGGAAUGCACUGUAUCUGUGGCUCGUGAGUACCAUCGUGGCACUCGGUUCGCGAUACGCCACCGCGUGGGGCAUCUUCACCACCAUCCGUUGGGGACUGGUCAUGUGUCCUGUCCAGGCGCUUGAGGCGACCAGUCUCGCAUUCGUCGGCCACCGCUGGGGCUCGUGGCGGAAGGCCAUCGGCAUUAGUACGCGGAGGCCGCGCCAUGUGACGUUCGCUGCGCUGAUGCCAAUCGCCCGACCGGCGUUCCUGUCGGUCGUCAUCGCGCUGGCCUUCGAGGUUCCCAUCGCCAUCUUCCUCAGUAUAUGGGGCGCCAGGUCCUUCGCCUUCUACCUCAGCAACUCGCGCGACAUCGCCGACAUAACCUCACACAUGUGGCGGUCCCUAGACUGGUGCUACGUAUUCUACGCCGUGUCGACGCAGCUCGCCACAGUCCUUCUUGCCACCCAGCCCAAGUGGUAUCUGUACCAGAGCAUGGCGAGCAAUUUCCUCUACGUCCUCCCCUGGGCCAUCGUCUGCCAGGUCAGGAGGCUGGACGAGUCCAACGCCUGGACGUAUCACAGCUUCGUUUUCGGCGGCAGUUUGGUCUUUAGCUUUGCCGUUAUUGUCGUCGUCGAUGUGCUUUGGAUGUGGAGCUUGGUGAAAAGGAGGACUACGCUUGAGGUGUUCCGGGAUUGUUGA